AUGUCGACAGUCACGAGAACACUAGGCUACAUCCGCCGGAUUGGCCUCAAGGAGUACUGGCAUCAGCUUAACUAUAUUGGUGACACGAAGGCUGGUACACUCAUCGGCACCGACAAAUUCGGUAACAAAUUCUACGAGAAUAUGGAGGAGGAGCUGCCUCUACGGACAAGAUGGGUGGACUACAAGAAGCACGAUUUCGACCCCGCACAAAUCGAGCCUUUAUGGCACAUGUGGAUCUCAUACGGAAUCGACACGCCUCCGACACAGGAUCCGCUCUCGAAGACUGCUCGAUCAUGGGCAAAGCCAUAUCACAUUCCGAACUAUACCCAGUCCCGAGGCGCAUACAAGCCUUACAGCACUACACAGCCGAAGGUCAAGACGUGGCAACCAGUGGCCGCUGCGAGGCAAUGA